AUGGAGGGAGCGCUGGCUGCUGACCAGCAACGGCUCCAGGGCGCCCUUAUCGAUAUUCAGAAAUGGUUCAUCUACUGGGUGGUUUACGCGCUGUGGGAAGCAGUGGAGGCAGCGCUCUGUCUCCCGCUGAUAAUCCCCGUUUACGAUUUAUGGCGCUGGGGCCUCAGUGUGUGGCUCGUGCUCCCCAUGGUGCUACGCCUGGAAGGCGACGAUAGUGGGCGUGCUUUCGAUGAAAGCGCUGCCUGGGUGGCGUUCACCCAGCUGGGAGCCGGCUGGUGCUAUUUCCACUACGUGAAACCGGCCAUAGCUCACGUGAGCGAUAAGAUUAAAGUGGAUUUACCCCUGAUUCCAGCCAAUAUUCCCGACUUUGUGUCGCUGGUAAGCCAGGCCAGCCAAGCGCCGUCCAGUGUGGCCAGUGGUAAUCGCGGUCCGACCAACUCGCCGCCUCCACAAGCUCCCAGCCUGGCGCUGCUGGCAAUGGAGGCGGUGUUCGACUCGCUGUACGUGAUGGUCAAUCAGCUCAAGGAGAGGUUCGUUAAGCCCAACGAUGAGUCAGUGGAGGAACCAUCAACCGAACCAUUACUAGCUGAAACUGUUAAGGUUUCUGAGGCUAACGAUUCAGGCACCAAGGAGUCAGACACGCUUUUGGCAUCGUCAAACGAGACUUCUCCCGCUACGAAGAAGAAAAAGGGGUGGAUCUGGUAA